GCAGUUAACGUUAACGUCCGGACCGAAGGUGGCGGCUUGGCCUCGUAAUCUCCCAAGGUAAAACAGUGAAAGCUACCCUUUACGACAUCGUAUAACCAGACUAUCCGCCCAAACAAACCGCGUAAAAUUCCACAGACGGAAAACGUUUAUUCGCUCUCCUCCUCCUCCACUUAACGUAGCCAACCAGGCAACCGUCCUUCCUCUUCCUCUCUCGCUCUCUGCGCCUGAAAUUCCUUCAAAACCUGUGCUUCAAUUCUUCCUCUCUUUUUUUCCGGAAAAUUCGUAAGCGGCAUGUUGCGAUAUUUACCACUGCAAGCCUUCCAUGGAUGACCGGCACUGCUGUCAACCCUCUAUUCCGUGCAGCCUAUCUUGCAAAAGAUGGGGAGAGACCUGUCUCUUUGGUCAUCCCUUGGUUAUCGUUGAAAGAUCAAAAACUAGUAUAUCCCAACAACAUCACAUUCAGCAGACCUACGGAGCAGGAGGCUUAUGUCCGUCGCUGGCUUGACGAGAGGAUUGGAUUUAAAUCUGAUUUUAGUAUACUUUUUUAUCCUGGAAAGUUUUCCUUAGAUAAAAGGAGCAUCCUUGCUGCUGGAGAUAUUUCAGAAGUAGUCCCUGACGAAAAUGCAGAUGUUGCCAUCCUUGAGGAGCCUGAGCACCUUACAUGGUUUCACCAUGGAAAGAGAUGGAAGAUUAAAUUCCGGCUGGUUGUGGGAAUCAUCCACACCAAUUAUUUGGAAUAUGUGAGAAGGGAGAGGAAUGGAAGAAUGCAAGCAUUUCUUCUUAAAUAUCUAAAUAAUUGGGUUGUCGGAAUAUAUUGUCAUAAGGUAAUCCGGUUAUCUGCUGCCACCCAGGAUUAUCCUAAAUCCAUUGUUUGCAAUGUUCACGGAGUCAACCCAAAAUUUCUGGUGAUAGGCAACAAAAAGCUAGAGCAACAACGAAAUGGAGUCCAGGCCUUCACCAAAGGUGCCUAUUACAUUGGGAAGAUGGUAUGGAGCAAAGGCUACAAGGAGCUACUCAAGCUUCUUCAGGAUCAUCAAAAGGAAUUAACUGGACUUGAAGUUGAUUUAUAUGGAAGCGGGGAGGACUCUGAUCAGGUUCAGGAAGCUGCCAAAAGAUUGGAACUGGCCGUUCGAGUCCACCCUGGUCGUGACCAUGCUGAUCUUCAAUUUCACGAUUAUAAAGUAUUCCUCAAUCCAAGCACAACGGAUGUGCUUUGCACAACAACGGCAGAAGCAUUGGCAAUGGGUAAAAUCGUUGUAUGUGCCAAUCACCCCUCAAAUGAAUUCUUCAAGCAGUUCCCGAAUUGCCGCACAUAUGACAAUGCUGAUGGGUUUGUUAAGGUCACACAGCAGGCGCUUGCUGAAGAGCCUGUCCAGCUGACUGAUGCACAGAGGCAUGAGCUUUCAUGGGAAGCUGCCACGGAAAGAUUUCUACGGGUUGCUGAGCUAGACCAGGCAUUUACAUGGAAACCGUCAGAAAGUAUUUCGAAAAGAUUUAUGUCCACCUCAUUAGGCCUUUGGAGUAGUGUGGAGGAUGCAUCCGCAUAUGUGCAUCAUGUGGCUUCUGGUUUUGAAACAACAAGAAAGAUAUUCGGUGCAAUCCCGAAGAGUUUGCAACCAGAUGAGGAACAAUGUAAGGAGCUUGGGCUGGCCAUACCUGCAGGUAAACGAGGUUCACAAAAAUAAUGUCGUCCCUUGUUUGUAUGAUAACAUUAUUCGGGACUCGGGAGUAUCUUCAUUAUCAAUUUCAGGACAUGCUUGCUUGGCUAUUGAGGUAUCCAAAUCAAAAUGUGUAAAUUGUUCCAUUUUUCCUGCUGCCUGAAGUUGAGAAUUGGGUGGGAAUCAAGGAAUAAUUUAUACGAAAGACACGAGUCGAAUAAUGUUCAUAUACAUUGUUGCCUGUAACAAUGUGUUCUACUGAGGGAGGGUAAAUUUGCAUUUGUAAUUAAAACCGCAAUUUACAUAUACAUUGUUGUGGAUUACCAUUUACAUUUAAUACAUGUCAUUACUUUGUAUUUUCCAC